AUGCCUGCUUCAAGAUUCCGCAGCAUCCCUUUCACGGUCGUAUCCUUCGUCCUGAUAGUCACCCUCUUCCUCGGCAUCACGACUAACCUGAUUUCUUUGGGUCCACCGUACAAAGACGGUAGUCUUGACAUUCCAUCACAAUCCCCUCCACCUCCCUCCACACCAGACCCAAACACCGGCAAUAUGAGCCCACGCACCGUGGCCUAUUUUGUCAACUGGGCCAUCUACGGCCGCAAACACAGGCCGCAGGAACUACCAGCCGACAAGCUCACCCACGUGCUGUAUGCUUUUGCCAACGUCAAGCCCGAUUCCGGAGAGGUCUUUUUGACCGACACGUGGGCUGACACCGAUAUCCACUGGGAGGGUGACUCGUGGAACGACGAGGGAACCAACCUCUACGGCUGCCUGAAGCAGCUGAACCUCCUCAAGAAGGCCAACCGCAACCUCAAGGUCCUCCUCUCCAUUGGUGGCUGGACCUAUUCCUCCAACUUCAGGGCGCCCGCCUCGACGCCGGAGGGUAGGUCACACUUUGCCAGGACCGCCGUCGAGCUCGUCAGACAGCUCGGCUUUGACGGCAUCGAUAUCGACUGGGAGUACCCCCAGAACCCGCAGGAGGCCGCCGACCUAGUGGCCCUGCUGCAAGCUUGCCGCCAGGAGCUCGACGCCUACGCGCACUCGGUCGACGCCGAAAACCCCUACCAUUUCGAGUUGACGGUUGCGUGCCCAGCCGGCGCGUCAAACUACGAAAAGAUGGAUAUCGCCGGCAUGGAUCCCCUACUGGAUUUCUGGAACCUGAUGGCUUACGACUACGCCGGAUCCUGGGACCAGACCGCCGGUCAUCAGGCGAACCUUUUCCCCAGCCACGGAAACCCGGCAUCGACGCCAUUCAAUACCGACGCUGCCAUUGCACACUACGCCAGCCAGGGUGUGGCGCUCGACAAGAUCGUCAUGGGCAUGCCCAUCUACGGCCGGGCGUUUGAGAACACGGACGGACCUGGAGCGCCGUUCCAGGGAGUCGGCCAGGGGUCCUGGGAGCAGGGCGUCUACGACUACAAGGCGCUGCCGCUCCCCGGGGCAGAGGAGCGGUUCGAUGAGGAGGCAGGUGCGACAUACUCGUAUGAUCCAGCCACUAGGCACAUGGUUACCUACGACACGGUACCGCUGGCCAGGAGGAAGGCCGAGUUCAUCAAGGAGAGGGGUCUGGGCGGUGCCAUGUGGUGGGAGAGCAGCGCUGACAAACAGGGAGAUGAGAGCUUGAUUGGCAACGUUGUCGAUGUUUUUGGUGGACCGAAUGGUUUGAAGCAUCAGGAGAAUUGUCUCGCUUAUCCUCAGACUAAAUAUGACAACCUGAGGAGCGGGUUUCCGAAUCAGUAG